AUGGAGACGCUGUUGUGGCAGGUGGAGCAGCUGCCCGGGCUCCUGGCCGUGUCCCGCUCGGGGCAGGUCCGGGACUGGGACCCGCCAACCCUGGAUAGAGCCCUGCAGUGGGGCCGCUACUUCCAGCACCUGCACGGCCGCUUCCGCGCCCAGCCCCGGCUCCGGGCCGCCCUGGGGCAGCGACUCCGCCGAGGGCAGCCGGGGCCGCCGCUAGGCUUCGGACACCUGGGGCGCUGCCCGGAGCUGCUGGGCCUAGCGCUGCUGGGCAACCGGGCGCUGCCGCCCGCCGCCUGCCACCGCCUCCUGCGGAGCUUGCUGCUGCCGCCCAGCGGCCAGGCUACCCCGGGGCCCUGCAGCCUCGGCCUCCUGGCCCGGCGCAGGGCCGCCGUCCAGCUGCUGCCGUCGCCCAGCCCAGCCCCGGCGCGCCCUGAGGAGCUGGAGCCGUCGCUGCGAACCGAGGCCCAGCUACUGCUGUCCCGGCUGCAGGAAGACGAGGAGGAGCAGGGCCCGGCGAGUGUCCUGGAGCAUCUGCCCGGGCCUAGGGUCUACAGGGUGCUGGCGGCGCUGCUGCUGGAGCAGGCCGGGGACAACGCUGGCAGAGAGGGGGCCAGCUGGGCAGAGCACAGGGAGGGGCCCAGGCCGGCUGCGGCGGUGCUCUCCUGGCUACUCGGGGACCCAGACCGGCUCUCCGCUUUCUGCCGCCUCCUCCCGGGCUCCCUCCUCGUUGCCCUUUCUGCCCGAUACCCCCAGCUGGGCACCCCUUACUUGCAUCUCCUUACCAGCUGGGGCAGCCGCUUGCGCUACGAUCCCCUGCGCGGCCAGUGGGCCAGCAGCCGCUGCCCUAGUGAGGACGAGUUCUCCUGGGAAGAGCUGCGGGAGCGCUUCGGCUGCUUCAUGAGGGGACCUGACCCGCUCCGAGAGGCUGCCCUGGCUUCUCUGAAAAACCUGAAGAUCCAGGAUGGAGACUUCGAAGUCUGCGGCCUGAGUGUCUGGACUGACCUGUUGCUGGAGAUGGAGGCACCUCUCUAAAGAUACUCCAGCGUUAGCCCGGAGGAGGAAAGGACUAGAACAUUAAAUAGGUUUCAUAUGAAAUUAAAUGGCCUGAAAUCCAAGAAACUGGAGUAACUUUCUUUUCUCCAUAACUAACAUCAAAGCCAACUGGAUUAUAUCUUGUUUGGAGUGAAAAGGCAACUUUGUGAUCAGAUUGCAUGCCAUAAAACUUAAGUAAGUUAGCAAAGAGCGCCUAAGGGAUUGGGUUCUGCUCUUGCACAUGCUGGUAUAAACCUGGACUGACUCCCCCCACAGGAGUUACCCAUGUAAACUCUGUUAAAUGAGCUCAGAAUCCUUACAUCUAGUCAAGUAGUUCCCAGUUUAAUUUCUCUUACACUGAGAACAAGUUGACUAGGAAUCCUUCUUCUUUCCUCUUCCAAUUUGUUUUCUUCCCACCACCUCUUAUGUCUUUGCCAGCUCUGAUAUUCUCCAAUACUUAUGGUUGGGCUAUUUGGUUUAAGGAUACCCUUAAUUCUGCUGAUCACUAACAGGAAAUGCUUCCAUCCACUAUUGGCACUAUUGCUACAAAAGUAAAGUGUGCAAAUACCUUAAAAUAUAGAGAAACUAGCUUAACUUUCUGUGUGUUGAAAAGUUAGAAGUUGAACUGUGUAUUGCCAUGGGUACAGUGUGUUGACAUUUGUCUGUUUCUAGCAGUUGCAUACUGGCAGAGUACAAAAAGGGGAAAGGGACUUUUUUGUCUCACCUUUUUAGGAUGCUCAUAAUUCCAAGUUAAAUGUAUUCUUCGCUAUCACCUUGUCUUCCAGUAGUGGUUUAUUUUUGCCUUUUUUUUUUUUUUUCUUCAUGCUUCGAAAUAUCCUAGGCACAAUGUGGGUAGGAGUGCAGAGGUCAAAGGAGAUUUCAUGCCCAGUGGGAAAGAGUCUAGAAGGCGUACAUAAAGCCUUGCUGAUUUGAUCUUUUAUCAAUUACCAUGUGGCAUGUUUGUUACUAUAUUGCAGUGGAAACUUCAUUUUCCUAUCCUAUUUGUUUAUAACUAUGAAUGGAUACUCAGUAGCUUAGCUUUUUGGUGAAAGUUUCUUUCACCAAACUGGAACCAGAAUGGGAAAGUAGAAAUACCUUCUUUCAAUGGGUUGGGCAACAGACUUCUUCUUUCACUCCUAGAUGAUUACUGAAGGACCUGCUUGUCUUAAUUAAACUGUGACUUUGAUCACAAUCUCUAUGUGGGAAAAUAAUUACUGGUCAGGAUUUGCUAAAUGAAGGCUAGAUGUGGAAACUGACCAUGAACUAUAAAAUGGGCAUUAUCCUAACACAAAAGCAACUGGCUCCUGCAGUUUACUGUGAAAAGUCUAGGUUAACUGCUCAGUUUUUUAAAUAAAACACUUUGUUACACAAAGCAAGAAGUGGAAUGUUACAGGUAUGAACAUGGAAGGUAUUUGACCUACAGCCUCAAUAUACUUUUGAGCUAUGAUGCUAUCUAACUGCACAUAAAAAUAAACAAUAAAUCUGUUUUGCAAAGCAAUUGAAAUGCUGUAUGGCGAUGAUACAGGGCCAAAUCAUGACCUCUCUACAUCUGUGAGUGAGCAGUUAAUUGAUGAGACUACCCAGGUAAUGUUACUACUAGUGUGAGUGACUGCUCAUCAGUGGACCAUAAAGGGGGGAAUCCUAAUCUGGCUUAUUGUGAGCCACUGUUAAGAGUGUAUCAGUAAAAUGACACCUUCAUUAAGGUAUCUGAAAAAUGCUUUAGAUUGUCUGUUUAAAAGCACUAUGUAAAUGGAAUAUGCUGAUGUAGAACAAUUUUAAGAAUUCUGGCAAGUCUAGUCUAAUCUGAGAGCAAAUUUGUAUGGGCAAAUUAUAAACCUAUGAAAAUAGGAAACUAUACUAUAAACCCCUUAAUUAAAAGACCUUUCCUUAUUGUAGUGAUAGUAGAUGAGAGAGAGAGAGCAGAAGCUCCUUCUCAGUGAAACUUGAGUUAUCUGGUAGUACUGAAUUCAUCUUCAACCCAAUGUGGCCCAUUAAAGCAAGGAAUUUCUGCUGCCAGAACAUUCAGGCCCCUGCAUAUCACCCACUUAAUGAGGUUCUUACAGGGGUGUGGUUUUUUUUUUGUUUUUUUGUUUUUAAUCAAAGCUGAACAUCUAAGCCUGUUCCUAUUGUUACCUUACUGACAUUUUGCAGAAUACACACAAAUUUCAAAGCACAAAUAAAUCCACAAUAAAUGAGUCAAAUAAAUUACCAUUGAGACUUUUGGUAAAUUACAGGAACCCUAGCAUUCCUUUGCUGUGCCACAAAAUGUUGCAAAUAUUCUGUUGCUGUGGAAAUCUUAUUUCUUAACCUCAUAUUUGAUAAUUUAACAAUCCUACUUAUCAGACAGUAUGAUAAAAACCAAAACUGUUUGCAAGGGGAAUUAUAAUUAGCAAAUACUUUCUAUUCAUGUUUUAACUUAAAAUCUAGCAGAGCUAACAUAAUUUAUAUCUUAUAGUUCCACUCCCCUUAAACUCAUGGAAUACUAGUGAAGUAGUAUAUAUGUAUAACAGGCUCCUACUUCUGCUUUCUCAACCUGUUGAAUCAAGUUUUAUCCUGUAUUUUCAUACCUUGUUGGCACCCGCUUCUUGCUGUUAUACAGGGAAAGAAUACCAUGGCAUCCAAUUUUCACUUUGUACUUUAUCUCUCUCUCUUGGUAAAUAUACUGAAUCUACGACCUUUUCCAGAGUCUUACUGAAUUAUCCUGGAAUUUCAAACCAUACCCUGGAUGGGAAUAAUUUGUUGCUACCAGUAGUGCAGCAUGUGCAACAUCUAGAUCAGUGAUACUCGGACUGAGGCUCAUGAGUCGCAAGUGGCUCUUUAAUGUGUCUCCUGCAGCUCUUUGCAGCAUUGGGUCUGGUUCUGUUCAAUAUCUUCAUAAAUGAUUUAGAUACUAGCAUAGAGAGUACACUUAUAAAGUUUGCGGAUGAUACCAAGCUAGGAGGGGUUGCAAAUGCUUUGGAGGAUAGCAUUAAAAUUCAAAAUGAUCUGGACAAAUUCGAGAAAUGUUCUGAAGUAAAUAGGAUGAAAUUCAAUAAGGACAAAUGCAAAGUACUCCACUUAAGAAGGAACAAUCAAUUGCACACCUUCAAAAUGGGAAAUGACUGUCUAGGAAGGAGUAUUGUGAAAAGGGACCUGAGGGUCAGAGAGGAUUACAAGCUAAAUAUGAGUUAACAGUUUAACGCUGUUGCAAAAAAAGCAAAUAUCAUUCUCGGAUGUAUUAGCAGGAGUAUUGUGAGCAAGACACAGGAAGUAAUUCUUCCUCUCUACUCCACGCUGAUUGGGCCUCAACUGGAGUAUUGUGUACAGUUCUGGGUGCCACGUUUCAGAAAAGAUGUGGACAAAUUGGAGAAAGUCCAUAGAAGAGCAACAAAAAUGAUUAAAGGGUCUAGAAAACAUGACCUAUGAGGGAAGAUUGACAAAAUUGGUUUGUUUCUUCUGGAGAAGAGAAGACUGUUAUGUCCUCUGUUUUCCAAGUACAUAAAAGCUUGUUAGGAGGAGGAGGGAAAAAAAUUGUUCUUAACCUCUGAAGAUAAGACAAGAAGCAAUGGACUUAAAUUGCAGCAAGGGUGGUUUAGGUUAGACAUUAGGAAAAACUUCCUAACUGUCAGAGUGGUUAAGCACUGGAAUAAAUUGCCUAGGGAGGUGGUGGAAUCUCCAUCAUUUGGAGAUCUUUGUCCAACCUGUUCUUAAACACCUGUCAGGGAUGUACUAGAUAAUACUUAAUCCUGCCUUGAGUUCAGGGAACUGGACUAGAUGACCUCUCGAGGUCCCUUCCAGUUCUGUGAUUCUAUCAUAUUAAAACUGUAUGAUUUAAUAGU